GAUGAGAUGUAAACAUGAACGAAGGAAAGCUGAAAAUUUAUUUUGGAACAUAACAUCCCAUUUUCACCAUUAUUACAGUGAUUCGAACGACGGAAGCAGCUUGCGAUUAUCUUCUGAUGAUGGUGUGGUUGCUGUUUGUAAAUAUUGUAUUGUGGCUGUGAGGACGGGUCGUGAGUCGUGCUUGGGUAGUUCAGUUGGUAAAACACUUACUCUCAAAAGGCAAAGGUCCCAAGUUCGAGCCUCGGUGGCUGCCAGGAAGUUUCAUAUCAGCCCACUCUCCGCUGCAGAGGGAAAGUUUUAUUCUGGAAACUGUUGUAUUAGUUUACUACUGGGUGCACUUGAACGUAAUUGCAUCAUAUUUGGUUAUGGUCCAGCUUUACUCACCGAGUGUGAAAGACAUGGAAUAUUCUGAUGGUGUGAAAUAAAAGACAUUGUAUUCAUGCCUCAUUCCAUUGCUCGCCUAUGUGCCCACUUGAUGCUUGACGUUCCUGCCAUGAAGUUACAGCAGCAGCACUGUGUAUUAUGUUUCUGUGUGAGUGUAGUUCUACAAUUGCACCAUUCUGGCCUACUGGUACAACUUCAUUAAGACAUUGUAUUCAUGCCUCACUCCAUUGCUCGCCUAUGUACCCACUUGAUGCUUGACGUUCCUGCCAUGAAGUUACAGCAGCAGCACUGUGUAUUAUGUUUCUGUGUGAGUGUAGUUCUACAGUUGCACCAUUCUGGCCUGCUGGUACAACUUCACUAAGGUUGAUUCAAAGUACUGGUAGAGCUGUAGCAUUUCAUUUGAAGAAACUUUUCAAGGAGUGGUCCAUGGUGAGCUGAAGGAGAUAAACACAGAAAAUUGACAUGUUCCCAUGUGCACUUACACACAUGGACUGACAUCAGAGAAAAAUAACUCAUAAAGCGUAUUUACCUACAUCAAUGGUGUGCAGCCCCCUAUCUAUGUUAGAAAAUUGGAUGGUGAGAUAUUUCCCAGUUAUGUAAUCUUGAACAAACCUUUGAGAAUGAAUAGGAAUCAUCAAGUCUCAGCUGCUGGCAAUCAUGGGAAACAUGACUGUGAAAAUGAGCAACAAAUCAAGCAAGAAGUUUCUGUUGUGGAACAAACUGAGAAACAGUAUUCGUCCUCCCAGAAAAUAGAGAAUACUUUGAAGGACUCCUUUAAUGCCAUCUGUAAUGCAAAUACCAUGACACGUGCUGGAGAGAAAGCAGACAGAAGUGAUGAUGACAGCAAUUUAUCUGCAGGUGGUAAUGUCAAGGGCGAUGCCUUUAUCUGCACUUUAAAUAGUGGAUACGGUUGUGGUGUUUGUGGCAAAACAUUUGCACGGGCUAGUGCUUGUAAGAGGCAUACAGCAGUCCACAGUGAUGAAAGACCACACAAAUGUAAUGUUUGUGGACUAGCCUUUGCUCAGGUUAGUGAUAUCGAAAGACAUCGAGCUGUACACUCUGAUGAUAAAAUACACAAAUGCGAAAUUUGUGGCAAAUCUUUUACUCAGUUGGGUUAUCUCAAAAUGCAUGCAUUAAUACACAGUGGAAUGACUCCCCACAGAUGUGAUGUAUGUGGCAAAUUUUUUACUCAGUUGAGUACCCUAAAGAGUCAUUCAUUGGUACACACUCAAAAAGAACCCCACAAAUGUGAUAUCUGUGGCAAAUCUUUUGCUGAGUUUGAUACUUUCAAGGCCCACGCAUUGAUACACACAGGAAAGAAACCACAUAAAUGCGAAAUCUGUGGCAAAUCUUUUGAUGAGCUAUAUUCUCUCAACAGGCACGAAUUGAAACACGCCGGAAAGAACCCAUACAUUUGUGACAUUUGUGGAAAAGAUUUUGCUCUGUUGGGCAGUCUGAAAAGGCAUCUUGCAGUACAUACUGGACACAAACCACAUCAGUGUCAAAUUUGUGGAAAAUCAUUUACUGACUUGGGACAUCUCAAGGUCCACGUAGUAAUACACACUGGAGAGAGGCCUCACAAAUGUGAUAUUUGUGGCAAAACUUUUUCCCAUUUGAGCAGUCUGAGGAGGCAUGUAGGAAUACACACAAAUGUGCCACUUGAGGCAAAUAAACUUCGUUAACUGGUGUCUGCAAGGUUCUUACAACAAUGCACAUUGGAGGAGGAUCACACAUUUGUAAUAUGUAGGAAAUCAUUUAUUGGUGCUAACAUUUUGAAGACACGUGUGUUGAAUUGUGAUAGAGGGAGAUCAAAGAAACUGUGACAGCGUUGCAAAUCCCUUAAUACAGUUUGACAUUUCCAGAAGUUGCAGUUCUAACUGCUACAUAGGGGUCAUACAAACAUGACUAUAAUUAAUACUUCAAUGUACCUACUGAAGUUGAGACCAGAACAUGGUUGUUUUGUAAGAAAUCCUUUAUCUACUUUGGGAAUCAUAGGUACCACUCAGUAUUCGGUACGCUUGAUAGGCAAGGAAAUUAUAAGCUGUUUUGUCACUUAGAAUUCAACAAAAGCGUGCAUCUUAAGAAUCUUGAUGCUGUAUAUACUAUGCAAAAAUAUAAUAUUUGUUGUGUAUCAUUCACUUUGGCUAGUCAUCUUAACACUGGUGAAGACCACAGAAGUAGUGCUGUGUAUGUAAGUAAAAUAUAUGUAUGUGUGUACUGUUUGUGGUUAUCAUAUAUUAUAAAAUGGGUGAUAAUGAUAUGCAUCUUCAGAGAAGGAUGGAAGUCAGCUGCUGUUUAUACCCAUACACUACUGUCUUUUAGGGAGCUGUAUUUCAUGUAAAAUGCUUUUUUUUUUUUUUUUAAGCUCUGCUCAUGAUUCAAGGCUCAUAGAGAUUAGUGAGAAUUUUAAUUGCUUUCUUAUAUUUGGAAUAUGAUUUGAUACUGUAUUUUGAAUAAACAUGAGGUUUCCAAAAAUACCUACUUGUCUUUUGUAUUUUAUUUUAAGAUUUUUUUUGGUCAAGCAGUUUUCAAAGUUUCUUCCAACUUUCCUUAUGAUGAACAUAUUUUCAAUUUUCUACUGAAUGUGCUGGUUUGAUGUGUGUUGUCAUACCUGCAAGAUCGCAAGGCAAUUGUCAUGUGAUGGACAUUUUUCAGUUAUGUGGCUCUUCUGGUAUGUGACCAUCAUUUUAACCUGUUGUCUCUUGUAACAUGCCAUCUGAAGUAUUACAUUCGCUUCAAAAUUUUUAUGUAGUGUUCACAUAUAUGUUAUUUAUGCUCUCUCAUUUUUCUUAAUGUUCUUGUACAAUUGUUGGUUUGCCUGGUAGUGAAAAUGCAUUAAUUUUAAAUUU